UUCCAGGUCAAAGCUGGACCAGCUACCCACUACACCUGUUUAGUUUUCAAAGUUUUUAGGUAAUGAUGCUUUGACUCUAGGUAAAAGAAAGUGUAAUAAUGGAAUAGAAAGGCUGGUCAGUCAGUUCAGCUGCUCAGUGUUACUAUCAAAGACUUGGCCUUUCUGCUCGGCUUCAUCUGUUCCAGCCCCAUGCACGGAGGCUUUGUCCGAGCAGCUUUCUCAAGGGUUCGAGAAGCCUGCUGAAGUGUUCCGGCAUCACACCAAGGACCGUUUAGAGGCAGGAAGCCAUUUCACUUCCUCCUGUGUGUCUCUUUCUGAGGAGCCAAGACUUUCCCCCAGGACCCUUCCUGGCUGCCAUAGCUCCUCUCCAUCUUGUCCAGAGGGCCAGAUGGAGAGGAGCUAUCUUUUUUUUUUUUAAAGCAAAGUUGACUUGUCUGCUGGUCUUACCUUUUAUCCUCACAUGCUUCUCCUUCUUCCCUGGACCCCUUGAGUGAGAGCACCCCUCCCCGACAUCCACUGGGUUACCAUUCACUGACCUUCUUGUGCUGGAAGCUGAGGCAUCGGGAGCCAAUGAGAGGAAAGUCAGUCUUUUUUCUUUCCUUUUCUUGUGUGUGUGUGUGUGUGUGUGUGUGUGUGUGUGUGUGUGUGUAUGUGUGUGUGUUUUCCCCGAGACAGGGUUUCUUUAUAUAACAGCUCUAGCUUUCCUGGAACUUUCCUGGACCAGGUUGGCCUCAAACUCGCAGAGAUCCACCUGAGUGCUGGGAUUAAAGAUGUGCGCCACCACCAUAAAGUCGGUCAUUGAGGUCACAGACCCUCAGAGCCUCAGUAAGCUCAGGGAUUUUAACCUUCACACUGUAAUGUGGAGAAUUUGGGACCAAAGGAAGUUGAGGUACCUGCUCCAAGAGGUUGAGGCCCUCAGGACAGGAGUCAAAGCUUGCCAGGCCUCAUGUCCCAGUCCUUGUCCAUAUGCCACAAUUCUGGCUUCACACUCUUCUGAAUUAAAAGAUACCUGUGCCCUGGGGCAUCCACGUGAGCAGUAGAGGGCUUUCCUGGCAGGGCAUGGAUGUCUAGCCCAGCCCUGGAAAAAUAAACAUCUGUACACUCGUGGGCUUCAGAGCGGACAGGGAAACAGUGCCACGGCGUUGUACAUACAGUGGCUCGGGCCUGCCCCAAGGCCUGUGACUCCCACUGUGCGCUCUGCCGUCCGCAGGGUGCUGAGCCGAGCAGAGCACAUUGAUGGAGUGGAUGAUUCACGUUACAGCAGUGUCCAGGAAAUAAUCCUUUAUUAAUGCAAAUCAUUUUAAUGAUACUGCUAGAAGCUCUAGGAUCCCCCAUGGCCACCCCGCCCCCCAGUCCCUCCCACCCUCACGCUCUCCCCUUUGGAUGACUCAAGUUCUCCUUGAAGCCUUUUUCUACAGAAACCCCAGCUCUUUCCACAAGCCUCACAGGGCGCCACAGCCACCUCCCUUCAGCCAGGAAGGGCCUUAAGCAGGAAGUCUUCUGACACAGAGCCAGAUGGCCCUAUGGGUCUCCUGGUCCCCUCACCUCCGCCUAGAGGCUUCCUUGGGAUGGAGUGAGGCGGCAUUCGCCUCGGCCUUGCCCCACGUGACAGGUUAGCAUUGGUCUGCUCCUCUCCAGCUCUGCUGGCUUUGCCCUGGCAAUCUCCACUCCAGCGCCUGCCUUCCUUCCCCACCCUCGGCCCCGCCCCUUCCUCCGGCCCCAGAGCCCUGGACACAGUACACACAGCCCAGAGCUCCCACUGGAAGGAAACAGAAGGAACUGUUUGGGUUCCCAUGGCUGUGGUCAACACCUUCAUCCCAUGGCUCAACCCUCAGAACCCUCACUAUAUCCCAGGGUACACUGGACACUGCCCACUACUUCGGUUCAGCAUGGGCCAGACCUAUGGGCAGGUGACCGGUCAGCUACUUCGAGGCUCUCCUGGUCUAGCCUGGCCUCCUGCCCACCGUACACUUCUGCCUCCCAUCCAGUCUCCACGCUCCCCUGUAAUUUCCAGGGGGAGGCUACCUCCCAGGCGUGGGCAUGAAAGGCUCAGCUCCGGCAUAAUCCCUGGGUAUACAGGUUUUAUACCACAGGCACAGUUCAUUUUUGCCAAGAAUUGCAACCAGGUUUGGGCUGAAGCUAUGGAUGAUUUUACGCAAAGGCAUGGGCCGCAGGAGAGUCAUGAAUUGUCAGAGGAGGCUGAGGGAAGACAAGAGGAGGAAGAAGGCCAAGGGCCAGAGGCAGAGGAGCCAGAGCUGAAGCAGGAGGUGGCCCAAGCUUCCCCCUACUCCAUGGAUGACACAGAUCCCCAGAAGUUCUUCAUGUCAGCUUCCCGGUGCUUACCAACCAGGCCCUGCAGGAAUUUGGGCAGACAUGCUCACGGGGCAGGGUGCAGAAGGAUCCCAAAGCUGCCUCCCCACCCCCCAGGUCCAACUUCCAGAACCUGGGUCUCCUCCCUCACUAUGGAGGCUACGUGCCAGGGUAUAAGUUCCAGUUUGGCGGGACAUUUGGGCAUCUCACCCAUGAUGCUCUGGGUCUCGGCACCACUCAGAAACAGCUCUUGGCUUAAGUACCUGGACCCCAAGUUCUCCCUUUUCAUCCUACCCCAGUCAUCUUUUGGGGAGGAAGGGAGGUGGGGAGGGGGAGGGCACAAAGAAAAGGGUCUGGAGGCUGAGCACCUUUUUAUUAAUAGGUGUAAUAAAUAAAUAAAUAAAUAAAUACAUAAACAGAA